AUGUUAAGACUCACUUUUGGCAAGAUCCGUAGUAUUUCCAUAAAAAGCACUCCAAUUUCAAGGAACAUAGCGUCUAGACACAUUGCAGCUGCUAAAAGACCUAUUGCAUAUCAAAGAACAUAUGCAUCAUCUUCCAAGUCAGAUGAAGUACUGGAAGAAGCUGAAAGAGUUAGUAACGUUAUCAACGUAUUCAGAGAAAAUCCUGAAAUCAGAUCAUUAUUGGAUGACUUUCAAAAUUUAUUGGCUGAAAAAGGUCUUCAACCAGAUGGCAAACAGCCAUCAAUGUUUCAAAUGAUGAAAAUUUUGGCUGAUAAAGAUGUUAAAGCAUCAUUGUUGAAGCUUAAAGAGGCGUUAGAUGGGGCUAAUAUACAGCUCACACAAGAGGAUCUUAAUGCAUUCAUGAAUCUUUAUGGAUUGAAGAAAUAA